AGAAGCUACAGUAGCCCUGAAACCGAAGGACAACUUUUGAAUUCCUUUGCCCAGUAUUUUGGUGACAGCCUUGGGAGCAAGAUUAAAAGAAUGCCUUUAAUAGAAGAAACUGUCCUGCCUGGGGACCCUCUGCUCACUCUGCCAGUAGUAAUAAUAGGAAAUGGCCCUUCGGGAAUCUGUCUUUCUUACCUGCUGUCUGGAUACAGGCCGUACUUGUCUCCUGAGGCCGUGCAUCCAAACCCCGUGCUGCACACGAAGCUGGAAGCAGCUCGGCAUCUUUCCAUCAUUGAUCAAGAUCUCGAGUACUUGUCGGAAGGCCUCGAGGGGCGCUCCCCCAACCCCGUGGCGGUGCUUUUCGAUACGCUGCUGCAUCCCGAUGCCGACUUCGGAUACGACUACCCAUCCACGCUGCACUGGAAGCUGGAGCAACAUCACUAUAUUCCCCAUAUAGUGCUGGGUAAAGGACCACCUGGUGGGGCCUGGCAUUCUAUGGAAGGCUCUAUGUUAACAAUCAGUUUUGGAGACUGGAUGGAAUUGCCUGGACUUGCAUUUAAAGAGUGGGCAGCCAACAUACGCAGAAAUAUAAAGAGUGACCGAGUAAUGCCAGAAGAAAUAGCUUGUUAUUAUAAGCACUAUGUCAAAGUCAUGGGCCUCCAAAAGAACUUCAGAGACAAUGUUUACAUAACAUCGGUAUCCAGACUCUAUCGAGGAACAGAUGAUGAAGAUGGAAGUCAACUAAAUUCAACCCAGCGUUUGCAAAUGGAAAUGGAAGAGGGACAGAAAUCACUGAUUAAGAGAAACUGGGAAGUCAGAGGCUAUCAGAGAGCAGCAGAUGGUUCCCACGUGCCAUUCUGCCUCUUUGCUGAGAACGUGGCCCUCGCGACUGGGACCUUUGAUUCCCCCGGCCGACUGCAGGUGGAGGGAGAGGACUUUCCUUUUGUGCUUCAUUCCAUGACUGACUUUGGAGCUGCCGUAAGCAAAGGGAAGCUGCGUGGGAAGGCAGACCCUGUGCUGAUCGUGGGCGCCGGGCUCACGGCGGCUGACGCGGUCCUGUGUGCCUACAACAACAACAUCCCUGUGAUCCACGUGUUUCGCAGAAGAGUUACUGACACCAGUCUGAUUUUCAAGCAGUUACCCCAAACGCUUUAUCCCGAGUACCACAAAGUCUAUCACAUGAUGUGCACUCAGUCACAUUCUGUAGAUUCCAGUCUGCAUCCUGCUUACACCAGUUUCCCUGAACACAAUGUGCUUUCUUUCAAGCCUGAAAUGAAAUGUGUUCUUCAGAGUGCCUCUGGACUGAAGAAAAUUUUGAAGUUCUCUCUAGCCUUAGUUCUGAUAGGAUCUCAUCCAAAUCUUUUCUUUCUGAAGGACCAAGGACAUGGCAUAGGGCAUCACGCGAAUCAGCCCAUCACAUGCAAGGGGAACCCCAUCGAGAUCGACCCAUAUACGUAUGAGUGCACUAAAGAAGCCAACCUCUUCGCUUUAGGUCCUCUGGUUGGAGACAAUUUUGUACGGUUUUUAAAAGGAGGUGCAUUGGGCAUUACACGAUGCUUGGCAAUAAGACAAAAGAAGAAGCACGAACUGAUUGAAAGCAGGGAUGGAGGAGGUGAUGGGGUACCAUAGGGGAGAGAUUAGGAACUGUCACGGAUGGAAUUACAGAUGGAGUCUAACAGCCUCGCAACAGAAGUCAUUAGUAGUCACAUUUUUGUUGUGUACAAGUAACCUUCACUUGUAUUGCUCAGUAAAGGAUGCUGUUACUACAAUGCUUCAUCUUUUCAAAAUACAGCAAUUGGUCUGCUAUUACAACUGAUCCCUACUCGACUGGAAUAGCUCCCAGAUAAAC